CAUUGCCUAUUGGUUUCAAGCUGGUUUGGCUGGUGUCGACUAAAGUCCCGCACCAUGCUUUUAGUUACCGGUAGGGAUUGAGGUGAGGUGAGGUGAGGGCGGCUAUGUACCGAUACGGCACCUUCUCGGCAACGAGAAAAUACAAGGUCUUACAUGUAUCCGGAUAUUGAAGGCGAUGUACGGGGCCCACAGUUCACGAAAGAAACUACUGAUAUUCGCAAAUUCCCUUUCUCAUCUUGGAUACACUGGGCUAUGAUGCCACGGCUUACUGGGACACGUACGUGUAUUGUCCCAUUUUGUCCCUUCAAUUGGUACCCGUCUAACUUUCUUUAAUCACGAAUCAGACUCGACUCACAAAGAGAUGAUGCCAACACGUCAGAAUAGGCAAACUGACCCCGUGGAGCCACGCCCAAAGGCCUCAUCCCACAUCAACCCCAGACCACUUCGAUGACCCUUGGUGCCCCGCUCACACUACUAACAGUAGUUCAACACAGUUUCGACCAUGGGCAACCUCGUCUCUCAAGAUUUGGAAGGUUCCUACAACAAGCUCUGCAAGGAGCUCCUAGAAAACAACCCCCGUCACCAGGAUGGGUGUUUACAUUGGGCAAGUCAGACAUUCAAGAGCGACAAACUAACUCAUUUUAUCGAUUGCCUGGGCAAGAAUACAUGCUUGAAGCGUCUGGUUCUGCGUGACUUGGAUGGUCUUGAAGAUGCCCCGUCACUCGCCAAGGCUAUCCAACAACAUCCAACUCUUGUUUGCUUGGGGUUUAACGGGCGUCUUCUGAAACAAGAUUUCCAAGUCUUUGCGGAUGCUUUUCUCGAGAGUCCCACCCUCACCGAGCUGGAAAUUGAAAACAGUAUUGUCCCGGCCAACACGAUCGACGGAGUUAUCACAAUCCUGACAAAGUCACCAAAAGCCAAAGCUACCAGUCUAGCGCUGAAGGGAUGUCAAGUGGAUGCUUCGUUGUUGGAUCGAUUCACGGAUGUGCUGGCAUCCAGCGCAACUGCCACCACCCUGGAGAAGCUGGAAAUUACAUUGAAACCACCCGUUCAAGCUAUGGAAUCAGCCAAGAACCUCAAUUUGUUCUUUCAGGCCAAAGACUCGGUACUCACCAAAGUCAAAUUUGCGGGGUUUCUACAGAAUGCGCUACCCAGUCUCUUGGAAGGCGCCAAAGGACACCCCGUUUUGAAGCAUAUCACUCUGGAGGGAAAGGGUGUCAACGAUGAAGAUUCCACCGAAGAAUUGGCUCAGUUGCUAUUAGAGGCCCCACCAUCUCUCGAAGUCUUGGACUUGUCGAAUUGCUACCUGACGUCUGAUGGUGUUACUCGAUUGGCCGAGGUGAUGCUAAAAUCCAAAUCUGCCAGCUUGAAAGAACUGUAUUUUUCUCACAAUUCACUUGCCAAUGAAGGCGUCCUGGCUCUGAGCAAGGUUCUCGAGGAUCCAGCUUCGAAAUACCGUGAGACUCUGCAAGUGUUGGACCUUCGCAUGAACCAAAUUGGUAGUGAAGGAAUCGCAGCUCUGUGUAGGGCUUUAGAGACGUCCCCUCCUGCCCUUCAACGACUAUUUAUUGGAGAGGAAGCCCCCCGGCCCAAUCCCAGCCGGCAGUUUGUAAGCAAUGACAUACAGGCACUGGUAGAGAUGUUGCAGAAAAACUCGUUUCUCCGUGAUUUGAACUUGGAAGACGCGUCAUUUGAUGACGAGGACUUGUUGAACAACUUUUUGGAUGCACUUGGGAAGAACAAAACGUUUCUAAAGGGUCUCCGUGUUGCUGUUCGCACAACAAAGGAGCUCCAAGCCAUUGCCGACAAAAUCUCAGCGCUCCACCUCGAGCGACUUCAUGUCAAGGUCAUGGAUGGAGCGGAAUUUGACGAAGCUACAGCCAAAGCCUUGCUGGGCAGCCUGGAGAAGAACGACAGUUUGCACGAUCUUGUCUUGAGCGACAUGAAGGGUCCAAACGCCGCUGUCUGGAAAUCGUUCGAACCCAAGAUCAAGCAUCUCCUCGCCCAACGCACUGGAAACGGGGUCAAACGCAGUCUGGUGGAUAGUAGUAACGGGGAGGCCAACAAUGACUCCAAGCGCUCAAAGAGCAGCGAUCUCUAGCUUGCUGGUGGUUGGCCACAAUACAUGAUGACUACAUACUCUAAAUAAGUUUUAAUAUCGACAAUUAAAUUGUGUAGUAAUCGUGUGAU